UUCUGCAAUCGUCUAUGGGCAAACCAAUGUGCGAGAGUAUAUACUUGUUACUUACAGAUAGAUAAGCAACUUUUGUGUUGUUUUACUGUUGUGAUGUUUAAGCCAAUGUCUUGCGUGCAACAAGACAAGAACUUGAAAGUCUUAGUUUCCAUGACCUAACUGUAGCGCCCGAUAUACUUUCCCAGUCAACAUUUCAUGAAAGUAUUGAGCUCGAGAAAGUUUGACGCGGGUGGACGAGAAACCUCGCUGUCAAUGCGAGUAACCACGAGAAAACGCCGGAAGAAUACAUGUUACGACUUCGCAAAUCAAUAUUCCAGAUGUCAAAACCAAUACUAGUUGCUUUUGAUUUCGAUCACACUAUAGCUGAUCAAAACACCGAUAUAGUAGUGCGAGAUUUGCUUCCAAGAGAGAAAAUAACAGAUGAUGUUACAAAGCUCUAUAGAUCAGAUGGUUGGACAGCUUACAUGCAAAAAAUCUUCUUGUUGUUGCAUGAGAACGGAAUUAAAUCGGAAACUAUUGAAGAAGCGGUUAAAAAGAUACCCGUAACGGCCGGUGUUGAUAAACUCCUAAGGUUUUUGCACCAAACUAAUAAUGAAGUUAUUAUAAUUUCCGACUCAAAUUCUGUUUUCAUUCGAAAAUGGUUAGAAGCGACAUGCUUGAACUAUACAGUGCGGAAGGUGUUCACGAAUCCAGCACACUACGAUGAUAAUGGGUGUUUGAGGAUACAAAUGUACCAUAUUCAAGAUUGGUGUGAACUGAGCACAAAAAAUCUUUGUAAGGGCCAUAUUUUGGAAGAAUACCUGAAGGAAAGAGAAAAAUCAGGGGUUAAAUUUCAUCGAGUAGUUUAUGUUGGUGAUGGUAAGAAUGAUUUGUGUCCAUGUCUCAGACUUGGUCACUCGGACAUCGCUUUCCCUCGAUGUGGGUAUGCUCUUGCAGAAGUCUUGUGUGGUGGUGGCCAAGAAAUAAAUGCAUCAGUCCAUACCUGGAAAAAUGGAGAAGAAAUUAUGAAGCACUUGUCAAAUUAUCUCAAUUCUGAUUAUAGUAGUUGAGACAGGUAUUAUGUCACUUCUAUUUGGAUAAUUUAUUUCCUGUGAAAACAAAAGUAUGCCAUAGCUUUGUUUUAAAGGUGUAUGCCUCUGAAUGCAGUUUGCACUGUUUAAAACUUAAUUUUAAAUGCUGCUUCAUGUGAGAUAUUGUAAACAAUGUCAUAUUAUGUUUGAACAUGUAAAUGUAUUCAGUAUUCUGAUACCCUUGUUAUCAAUUAAAACUUUGAAAGCUGUACAAUAAAAAUAUAACAGACUGCA